AAAUGCAAGUGCAGUUUCGUCUUCGUUAUUAAUGCAAGAAUAUAUUAAGUGGCGAUGAGAAUGGGGAAAGAAGAAGAAAAAGUGCCGAUAACGGUAGUGCACCCCAGCUCCGUUUUUGAACCGUUUAUUGAAUGUAACGAAGAUUUCGUCAGCUAUACGGAAAGGUUUGAUUGUUAUACAGAAUAUUGCCAGAUUACAAACAAGGUAUCUUUCUUCAUUGCAAGUGUUGGUGCUAAAACUUAUCAACUGCUGAUUAAACUCGCUGCUCCGAGUAAACCUAAAGAUCUGACAUAUGAUAAAAUCAUAAAGCUGCUAACAGAUCAUUAUUGCCCAGCACCGUUGACGGACGUUUGUAUUAAUAAAUUUCGUGCAAGAAAGCAGCUUGAACACGAAUCGUUCAACGAUUUUUAUGCUGCACUCAAACAGCUUGCUAUCGGCUGUAAAUAUGCCACUGUUGCGCGCCUAAACGAAGAGUUACGAGCUCAAAUUAUUUCCGGUAUACGAGACUCUACGGUGCAAGCGCAUUAUCUCUCUGCUACUCUUACUUUGCAAGAGGUAAUUGAUAAAGCUGUUGCGAGCGAAAAUGCGAAGAAAGGUGUUGAAGAAUUGCGUAAAUCUGAAACGCCAUCUGUACCUGUACCAGUGCCAACUCUCAACAAGGUAUCCGAGUUCGAACGGAAGAAAAAACGUCCGAAAUACAAGAAACCUGCUCAAGCUGAUAAGCCUAGUGCUACGAGUGAUAAUGUUGUGUGUUAUCGUUGCGGUAUACGCGAUCAUAAAGCUCCGAAUUGCCGCCACAAGGGAGCGAAGUGUACCAAAUGCCAAAAAAUUGGUCACUUAGCUACUGUUUGUGGUAUGGGUCGUCGCGCGUUGCAUUCAGCUGCGGCAAAAUCGAUCGAUGUUGUUGAUAUGAAAAGUGGUGAAAUUGUUGAUAUUGUGUUAUCUGCUGCGGAAUCAACGAUAAAUUCAUCUGCUGAAAAUUCUCCACCACCUAAAAUUCAUGUCGACGUUCGUAUCGAAGGUGUACCUAUUCGUUUAGAAGCUGAUUGCGGAGCUACAUUCACCUUAAUUUCGAUGAGUGAAUUUAAACGAUUGGGUAUCAAGACACCAUUACGUCCGAGUCGUUAUACUUUACGCAUCUACGAUAAGAGCUUGAUUAAAAUUGCUGGUUACGUACCUGUUCGAGUCGAAUAUGAUGGGAAAGAGUAUAAACUCAUUCUACGAGUUGUGCAUGGCGAUUAUGAUAGUGUAAUUGGACGUGAUUGGAUUUUUCCUAUGCAACUCGAUAUUCGUCAACUGAAUGCAGAAACAGCACCGAUUCAUAAAAUCGAUAUUGACCUGAAUGCUGAGAUCGAUAAAUUGGUGUCAGAAUUUGCUGAUAUUUUUGGCGAUAGUCCGGGACGCUUACCUGGUGAACCAGUAUCUUUUAAACUGUGUGCUGAUGCCAAUCCUAUUUUCUGCCGUGCGCGUAGUGUUCCAUAUGCGCUGCGGGAUGCAGUAAACGAAGAAAUUGAUCGUCUGGUUCGUGAGAAAAUCUAUACGCCAACUGAAACCUCCGAGUGGGCAACACCUAUAGUUCCGGUGGUUAAAUCAAAUGGUUCUGUGCGACUUACCGGUGAUUAUAGUGUGACGUUGAACAAAUAUAUCAUACCGGAAGAAUACCAAAUUCCGAAUUCCGAAGAAAUGCUUAUGGAACUCGAGGGUAUACUGUUUGCAAAGUAUGAUAUUGUUGAAGCGUAUAUGCAUAUGGGAGUUACCGCAGAAUGCGCUAAAUUACUGGCGGUGAACACACCCAAAGGUGUCCAUCUCGUAAAUUGCCUUAAUUAUGGUAUUCAGUGCGCUCCAUCGAAAUUUCAACGAAGAUUGGAAGAAAUAAUUCGAAAAAUACCCGGUUUUAAAAACUUUUUUGAUGAUAUUCGUCAAGCAUCAAAGACACCGGAAGAGCAUUUACAACGAAUGCGUAUGUUUUUCGAAGUUUGUCGUGCAAAUAAUCUGCGAUUGAAUAAACAAAAAUGCGUGUUUGUCACUGAUAAGCUCAACUACCUUGGUUACACCAUUGAUGCGAAUGGAUUGCAUAAAACAACCGAAAAAGUUGACCUUAUUUUGAAUAUUCCACAACCAACGAAUUUGGAUGAAUUGCAGUCGUUCAUUGGUUUAGUUGGUUAUUAUUCCAAAUUUAUACCGAAUUUCAGUGAUAUCGCUCAUCCACUGAACCAGUUGCGCCGAAAAAAUGUUCCUUUUGUAUGGUCGAAUGCUUGCGAAAUGGCUUUUUGCAAAUUAAAAGAAGAAAUUGCCAGUGACCGAGUGCUGUGUCAUUACAAUCCGGCGAAAGAGCUGAUAUUAUCGACAGAUGCUUCACCAUUUGCAUUAGGUGCGGUACUAAGUCAUCAUUUUGCUGAAGGAGAAAGGCCAAUUGCUUUUGUCUCAAGAACGUUGACCGAGACAGAAUCGAGGUAUAGCCAACUGGACAAGGAGGCUUUGGCCAUUUAUUGGGGAAUGAAAAAGUUCUUUAAUUACCUGUAUGGUAGGCCUUUUACCUUGAUAACUGAUUGCAAACCGCUGCUGUCAAUAUUUGCGCCAUCAGCUGCCAAACCUGCGUUAAGUGCGAAUCGUUUGCUUCAUUACGCACUUUUCCUUCAAGGAUUCAACUACAAGGUCAUCUAUCGUCGCUCUUCUGAACACGUAAAUGCUGAUUUUGCUUCUCGCCAUCCGCAUCAGAUUGCUAAUGCAUCACAAAUUGAUGUACCUACAUGGUCUCACAUAAAUACUAUCAAUGUGUUACCUGUAAAUGCGGAAAUGAUCGCGGAAGCUACGUUGUUAGAACCCUCAUCAGCAUCUUUAAUUGCCCAGCUGAGAGGGGAAGAGCGGUGUACGUUAAAACCGAGUGAAUUAGCUCAAUAUUCUCUACAUGGUAAUUGCAUCAUGAAAAAUGACCGUGUUUAUAUACCUGCAUCGUUACGCAAGCCUGUGUUAGCUGAAUUACAUCGAGGUCACUGCGGCAUCGUUCGGUGUAAACAGUUAGCUAGGAGUUAUGUCUACUGGCCUAAAAUUGAUCGAGACAUUGAAGAAAUGGUAUCUGCGUGUCCAACCUGCGUUAAAAAGGAUCCGCCUAAAGAACCAUUUCACCCUUGGCAAAAUCCGAAUGCUCCAUGGUUGCGCAUCCAUGCGGAUAUUGGUCAAGUUGGCAAUACAUACUUGCUAGUUAUUGUUGAUGCAUCUUCGAAGUGGCCUGAGGGUUACGUAUUACACUCGACAACAUCUCAGAGAAUAAUUGCAUGCUUCGAAGAUACUUUUGCUCGAUUUGGGUUACCUGCGACCUUGGUCACCGAUAAUGGGCCUCAAUUUGCUGCCACGGAAUUUGCCGAAUUUGUUCGAAGAAAUGGUAUCAACCAUGUUUUUUCACCUCCGUACUGCCCUUACUCCAAUGGCCAAGCAGAACGAUUUAUUCAAAUUGUUAAACGAGGUAUUGCAGCUGAUCAAGUUGGUAGUAUGGAAGAACGUUUACAAAGAGUACUUUUUGCUUAUCGACGAAAUAAGUGCUCAUCUACUGGUAAAUCACCUGCUGCUGCGAUGUUCGGUCAAGAAUUGCGAACUCAUUUAGACCUGGUUAAACCUACGAAUGCUCCUGAAACAUCAACCAUUCCUGCUCGUCGUUGGUUCAACGUUAAUGAAAACGUACAACUGCGUAUGUACAAUAAUCGACAGAAAUGGACCAAUGGUGUAGUACUGCAGAAAUUAGGAGAAGUGGUUUAUUUGGUCAAAGAUGAAUCUAACCAGACCCAUAAACGUCAUAUUAAUCAACUUAGACGAGCUGCAGUUCCAAAAGCCAAUCCAAUACCUAUUUCGAUAUUUUCGGAUCCGGCAUCGAGAUCAAAUACAAAUAUUCCUGCACCGCGUACGCCUCAAUCUGCACAGCGUACGCCUCCACCAGCGCCGAUGCGUCGUUCCGAGCGAGAGCGUCGCGCGCCCUUGCGUUAUUCUCCUUAGGGGGGAAGACUGUUAUGUCGCUAUUAUCACGAUAGAUCGCACUCGUGUGUUCUGACGUGUUGUAAAUAACCACUCUUGAAGUCAACAAAGUUGUACUUCGAUAAUUAUUAUAAUAAUCAUGCUCGUGUAAAUAUAUUCGUUAUUCGUGUAAUUAAAAUGUAAAAAAUGCAAGUGCAGUUUCAUCUUCGUUAUUAAUGCAAGAAUAUAUUAUUUCGUUGUUGAACUUUGCUGUCGUUCAAUAUAUUUUUCUGUCGUGCCAUUAUAUAUUUCCCUUUGGUCAAGCCUGUCAGAUCCAUUCAAUUAUCACCGGGUUCAUUUAUACUCUUAAAAUAAGUAUUUAUACAAGUUGAAAUACAACGAAUUUCUAGCAGUGAACUUUUUGUUGCUUUUUUCCAUACGAAUGUGAAACCAGGUUCGUCAGAUGCUGUUCCUUCUCCAUCAACUAGAAGCCGUGUUGUAGUCUUCGACAUUGAUGGUACACUUUGUAAAGAUCAUCUUUUGGGGAGGGAGAAAGAAGAAGAAAUCAUUAGGAAGAGCUUUCCGGAAUGUCCAAAUUAUUGUCUGGAAUCGGCAUUAUAUGUAGUACAUAGCAACGGAUCCAUUAGCAGACACCCACAUGUAUUUUUACCUCACCUGAAAAUAUUAUUCGAUUAUUUAUUGGAGCAAGGCGUUCGAAUAGUUUUUUUUCUGCUGUUCGCAAGGAAAGAAAUGUAUCGGUCAUUCCAGAACUACUUACAUCCUUCUGGGGUAGUGAGAAAUUUGAAGCCCUAAAAGCCAAAGGACAGUUUGACAUUUUUUCUCAUGAACAUAUGCGUCGCGGAACUUCUCAUGGCG